UGCAAGAUAUCAGCAGUCUGUCUACACUUUUUCUGCUUAGCAUCAUUUUCAUGGAUGUCUGUGGAGGGGAUUCAUUUAUAUCUACUCAUCAUUACAGUUUUUAAUCAAAAGAGCAAGAAACUCUACUACUACAUUUUCGGAUGGGGACUGCCAGUGAUUGUGGUUGGCAUAUCAAUGUUGGUUCGCUUUGAUAAUUAUGGAGCUAAUGAAAGGUGUUGGUUAUCAACUGCCGAUGGAUCUCGAUGGGCAUUUGUAGGGCCAGUUUUGGGUAUAACUUUGAUCAACACAAUCAUCAUGAUUGCAGUAAUUAAGGUCACUGUAAGCUCCAGCACAUCCGUUUUACAUAAACAAGGCAAAACCAAAUUUACUGGAAUCAAGUCUAUGGUUAAAGCAACCGCCAUAUUAUGUCCGCUGCUUGGAUUAACUUGGAUAUUUGGCAUGAUACCUCUAACUGAUCAUACCAUUGUGUUUUCCUACCUAUUUGUGAUAUUUAGCUCUCUGCAGGGUCUAUCAAUCUUCGUCUUUCAUUGCUUAUAUAACUCUGAAGUAAGAAGAUAUUAUAAUUUAUAUCAGACUAUGGAGCAUAGCAAUGUUUGA